UACCUGGAGAUCAGCCUGCGCCACAAGAGUGAGAUGGUCAUCUACGAGGCCGCUCGCGCCAUCUGCAACCUCCCAGAUGUGACUGCGCGUGAGCUACAACCGGCUAUCAGCGUAUUGCAGUUGUUCCUUUCCUCGCCCAAGGCUACGCUGCGAUUCGCGGCGAUUCGGAACCUCAGCAAUAUUGCCAUCAACCAUCCCCUGGCGGUGACGCCUUGCAAUUUGGAUAUGGAGAACCUCAUCACCGAUCAGAGUGUGUGGCGUGUAUGA